AUGAAGAGAAAGGAGGAAAAAAAUUUCUACAACACGUCGGCUACGGCGACCGGUAUUCCAUUCGCCAAGGUCGACGGUGGGGCCGCUGCACCCAAGGGAGGCGGCAUCCCCUUUGCCGCCCCCCACCCCCAUCCCUCGGGCCUCAGCCGAGAUCAGCCGCCAGCCGGCCUCUUUCGCAAUCCUGGGCCACCUGGUGGUGGCUUCGGUGGCCCUCCACCCUCUAUGGGCGGGCCUGGUAUGGGCCGUGGCUUUGGCGGCGGCAUGGCCCCUCCUCACCGCAACGCGCCCCCCUUUCCUCACCCGCCUCGCGGUGGCCCCACGCCGCCUCACUUCCGACCACCGCACGGUGCCGGCGACGGCUUUCCUCGCCCGCCUCCGCCCAACUUCCAACCACCUGGCGGUCCGGGUGGUCCUGGCGGCCGCGGCGCACCACCUCACGGCGGCCCGCCUGGUGGCGGAUUUCGUCAGCCGCCACCCCAACAGCCGACGCCCAACAAGGCCAAGGCCAAGGCGGGAGCCGACGGCGACGAGGAGAUGAUCGAGUCCGAGUUCGUGGAGAUCGAAGACGACUUCAUCGAGCGGCCACGGCGCCCGCGCAAGCAGCCACCACCAACACAACCAGCAGCUGGCCGCGGCGGCGGCAGGGGCAAGGGCAGCGACGACGACCACUGGCCGCUCAAGGGUCCGAUGCACCACCACCACCACGAGGGCACGGCGCUGCUUCCCCACCGACGACACGGCGCGCACGGCGACGACCCCGAGCGGCAGCGGUACAGGGUCAUCAAGUUCAUCUACCUGGCCCUCUUCGCCGUGGCCUCGCUCGAGGUGGUGCUCAUCACCUCGCUCAGCGGCUGGCUCAUGCACAUGGUGUCGUGCAUCCUCUACGAGUCCUGUUCGCCCACCCAGGAGCGGCUCAUGUCGUUCGGCCUCUACUUUGGCAUCCUGUGCGCCGUGUUCAUCGUGCCGUACCUGAUCGGUGGCCUCGGCGUGGCCACGUCGUCGCCGCGCAUCCUGUGGUUCUUCUCCUUCAUCUCGGCCCUCAUCGACGUCGUCAUCGUCGUGCUGCUAUCGGUCUACGUGCGCUGGGAGGUCGCGCUGGGCAUGAUCCCGCUCGUGCUGUGCGCCCUCUUCGGCUUCGCCAUGAGCUCGGUCCUCACCCACGAAGAAGCCCUCCGAGGACCCGACGCCAUGCACAAUCGAUGCUGCCUCUUCCUUUGUUGCUGA